GGGUUGGCCGGGCAGUGGUGCGGCACCUGGAGUCGCCCGGAGCCAGGCCACCCUGGAGUCUCCGCUGGACCGGCGCCCUCCAGGACGCGGAUCCGAGAGAGGGCCAAGGGAACCUUACCGAGGUCCCCAAGUGCGCGCUGCCCUCCGGUCCACAGCCAUCAUGCCUUUACCCACGCCGGGCUCCCUGCGCCUGGACCACGCCUGACCGCCUGCCGCGUUAUGCCUGCGCCCCAGACGUGUGAUGGGGGCCGAGUGGCCUCCACCCUCCGCUACUGCAUGAUGGUCAGUGGCACCGUGGUUCUGGUGGCCGGGACACUGUGCUUUGCUUGGUGGAGUGAAGGGGAUGCCCAAGCCCAGCCGGCCCCUCACACCGGGCACCUGGCACCUGGCACCCCCAGCCCCCUGCUCCGGCCAGUCAGCUUUUUCUUCUGCGGCUCAGGCGGUCUGCUGCUGCUCUUUGGCCUACUGUGGUCUGUCAAGGCCAACACCCGAGGGCCACCCGGAUGGGACCCAUAUCACCUCUCCAGAGACCUGUACUACCUCACUGUGGAGCCCUCAGAGGAGGGGAGCUGCAGGAUCCCAAAGGUGGGCUUCAUUCCCACUUAUGAGGAGGCUGUGUGCUGCCCUCUGGCCGAGGGGCCCCUGAAACCACCUUCCUACCGCGUGGAGGAAGGCCUGAGGUGCAGCACCUCUGAAGAUGACCUGCUCGGGCCCUUGCCCCCGCUGCUGCCACCCAGCUACGAGAGCAUCAUCCCUGUCCCUGAUGGCCUCUCUGGUGAGACAACAUGGGGCACUGCGUGCUUCUGCCCAGCACAGCUCAGACUGCAGAGGGAUGAAGCUGAAGGCUCCUAGCAGGCCCCAGGGUUGGAGACAAAUGCGGAGCUGCUUCUAGUGUCUAGUACACAGAAGGCACUCAAAAAAUAUUUAAUGAAUGCUGUUUUAUUUACCUAUUGCUGUGUAACAAAAGGCUUAAAAUAUAUCCAUUUUAUAUAAUCUCUCAUGAUUCUGUGGGUUGCCCGGGCCCAGCCGAGUGGUUUCUCUGCCUCACCUGAUGUUUGAUGGGGCUACAGUCAUCAGGGGCCCAGCUAGGCCAGAGUGUCCAAGGCGGCUCAUCCAUGUGGCUGGCAGUUAGUGCUGGCUGCCAACUGAGAGAUUUUGUUUGUGCAGGUGAGACAGUUGGGGCCCAGAGGCAGAGUCAGGACUGGCAUGAGGUCCCACACUAAGUUUAUAAUCAAAAGAAUGUGGACUCCAAAUUCAGACAAUCUGUGCUUGGGUUCCAUCUUAUAGGUACCAGCUGAGUGAUCUGAGACAAGUGACUUUACCUCUCUUUGCCUUAGUUUCUGCAUUUGUAAAAUAGGAAUUGGGAAUUACAGUGGCACAAUCCCCUACCUUAGAGAGCUGAGUGCGAGGAUGAAAUGAGAUGACAGCUGACAUUGUGAGCUCACAAUGAUCCUGCAGGCUCCGUGCUAAUGCAUCAAAUAAUAAAUGCAGAUUUCUUAACUCUG